CUAAGAAACCCCCUAAACCCCAACCAUUUGCGGAGACACGGGGCCGCACUCACCCAUUUCUUUGGAGCCCAAAACCCCACCAUCAAUUCACCUGGACACUCUAACUCAACCCAACUAACCAUGGUUAAAAUUUAACCAUCCCCAACCCAAUAAUCAUCUAUUUCACCCCCUAUAAAUAAACUAUCUUGCCGUGCUCCGUCCUUGUCGCUUCAAUUAUUCUCAUCCUUCUUCCCCAAGUAACCUAAAGUUUAGUAAAUUUUGUUUUAUAUUUUCUGUUGGUUUUUUAUGCGCUACAGAAAACUUCAAAUCUUGGAAAAUGAGUUGUAAUGGCUGCAGAAUUCUGAGAAAAGGUUGCAGUGACAACUGCAUGCUCAGGCAGUGUCUACAAUGGAUAGGCAGCCCUAAAGCUCAGGCCAACGCCACCGUCUUCGUUGCCAAGUUCUUCGGCCGCGCCGGUCUUAUGUCGUUUUUAUCCAACGUGCCUGAAACUCAACGUCCUGCAUUGUUUCAGUCGUUGCUAUACGAGGCAGUGGGGCGGACGGUGAAUCCGGUGAGCGGUGCAGUGGGAUUGCUAUGGAAGGGGAACUGGAACGUGUGCCAGAGGGCGGUGGAGACGGUUCUUUGCGGCGGCGAGUUGCAUCCACUUCCGGACGUGUUGACGGAGUCGGAUGACGUGUCAGAAUCUGAUGUACUUAACUGUGCUUCUCUUUCCUUUACGGCAAGAGAGGGUAUUUCCGUACCGUUGAAAAGGAUCUGUGAACCCGCAGGAGAUGAUGAUCUAACGUUGACAACUAGUUUGCCGUCCAGAGGUGUGAAACGGCGAGCACCAGCGCCGUCAGAGGAGUCCCAAACGACCACGUAUGAAAGUGGGCUUGAAAAUUAUGGUUGUGAGGGAGGCGAAAGGAAGGUCUUGCGACUGUUCGUUUAAGCAAGAACAAUUUUAUGUUAACCCAGAACUUAUAAUAUGAUUAACAAUGUUUAAUAUUCUUAGAGGAAUUUUGAGUUGUUCUGAAUAUGGAAGAAACAGCUUUAUCUGAUUA